UUCACGUCCUCGUGCAUUGUGCAUGCUAAAUAACAAACUAGUUUGUUGUGGAGCAAUUUGAGACAUAUUGUGGUUGAUAACUUUGACGUUAUACCUCAAGGCACAGAUCGGCUCCAGUGUGAAGUCCUCAUGAGGUGAUGCUGCAUGUGUUGCGCUGUCCUCUGCGGAGGACUCUCAUCUCUCUACAAUGGAGGUGUCCACGCGCCCUCUACUCCACCAAGCCAGACUCUCUUCAGGGCGAGGACUCCACAGAGACCCGCCUGAACCCCCUUAACAUUCAGAUGCUGUCAAGGAACCUCCACGACCAGAUCUUUCGAGGGCUGCAACCAGAGUACAGAGAGGAUGAUGUGGAGCGUAGCACUAGGCACCUGCAGAAACAUCAGCUGUGGGGGAAGGAAACUUCACUGUUGCCCGAAGUGGAGCUGAAGCUUCCCCAAAUGUAUGGCAAGAAUAUUGACCAGCACUUCCGUAUCUUGGCCCAGAAGCAGAGUCUUCCCUACCUUGAGGCUGCCACCAAGCUGCAGCUGGCUGAUCUCCCUCCCAUGCCGCAGGAAUGGAGCUGGGAGGUUGGAUGGACACGCUAUGGGCCCAACGGGGAGAGUCAGAAGGUUGAUUUCCCAGAGGAGUCGGCACUGGUGUUCGAUGUGGAGGUGUGCGUUACGGAGGGACGGUGUCCCACACUGGCUGCUGCUGUGUCUCCCACUAACUGGUACUCCUGGUGCAGUAAGCGCCUAAUAGAAGAGAGGUACUCCUGGUCAAACCAGCUGACCCUCGCUGACCUCAUCCCCUUGGAGACGCUGAUCAACUCUGCCCGCCCACCAGGGGGCCAGUGGAAGGAGAGGCUCAUUGUCGGCCAUAAUGUCAGUUUUGACCGAUCUUACAUUAAGGAGCAAUACUUACUAAAGGGUUCUAAGGUACGCUUCAUGGACACAAUGAGCCUUCACAUGGCCAUCUCUGGGCUGACCGGGUUCCAGCGCACACUUUGGAUGGCCAACAAGCUGGGCAAAAGGAGAGGUCUUCAGGAGAUCAAGGACCACAUUAAAAAAGCUGGACAGAAAAGGGAGGGUCCAAUGAUCGGCUCCUGGGACUGGGUUAAUAUUAGCAGCAUUAAUAACCUGGCUGAUGUCCAUGCCCUGUACGUGGGAGGGCCGCCACUGCAGAAAGAGGCCAGAGAGACGUUUGUGAAGGGCAGCAUGAUGGAUGUCCGGAACAACUUCCAGGAGUUAAUGCAGUACUGCGCCAUGGACGUCGAAGCCACACAUCAAGUCUUCACAGAACAGCUUCCGCUCUUCAUAGAGAGGUGCCCUCAUCCAGUGACGUUUGCAGGAAUGCUGGAGAUGGGCGUGAGCUACCUUCCCGUCAAUCAAAACUGGGGGCGUUACCUGGAAGAUUCUCAGGACGUCUACGAAGAGCUCCAGAGAGAGAUGAAGAAGUCUCUGAUGACUCUAGCGGACGAUGCCUGCCAGCUGCUGCAGGACGACAGGUACAAAGAUGACCCCUGGCUUUGGGAUCUUGAGUGGGAUGUGCAGGAGUUUAAACUGAAGAAAGUAGCAGCCAGCAAGAAGAAAAAAGCAGUCGAAACAAAAGUUGCUACUCCUCUUCCAGACUGGGAUGAAGACCCAGGUCCACCCUCUGAAGAGGAGAUGGCAGGCCCUUACCCCAGCAGGCUGGCUGUGGAGAAGCUGAAGGAAACAGUGAGUCGACUUCCUAAAAGAAGGCAACAUCUGCCUGGACAUCCAGGGUGGUAUCGUAAGCUCUGUGAGAAGAUGUCUGAGGAGGACAGCUGGUCACCUGGAGCCAACCUCAUCAGUCUACAGAUGAGAGUAACUCCUAAGCUGAUGGGUCUGACGUGGGACGGUUUCCCCCUGCAUUACUCAGAGAAACAUGGGUGGGGCUACCUGGUUCCUGGACGCAGAGACAACCUGGUACCUGAGGAGGAGAGCACAGGGCCCGUGUGCCCACACAGAGCUAUCGCGAGUGUUUACAGAGAGUAUUGUGAGCAGAACAGCAAAGUGCGGCCUGAAUAUCUGGACUGCAACCCUUCAGAUGACCUCAUGUGGACGGACAGCACAGUGUGGGCAAAGGUGGAGGAGUUUGGGUCCUUGGAGAGUCUGACAGAGGAAAAUGGAGUCAGAAUGAUGAGAAAUGGGGAGAGUAAGAAAAACAGGUCUCAAGAUCCACAUUAUGCCCCAGAGGAGAGUCGCUGCCAUUAUCACCAUGGGAAUGGUCCCUACAACGAUGUCGAUAUCCCAGGGUGCUGGUUUUUCAAAUUACCUCAUAAGGACGGUAAUCACAACAAUGUUGGCAGCCCCUUUUCAAAAGACUUCCUGUCCAAGAUGGAGGAUGGUACUCUCAGGGCUGGACAUGGUGGAACCAACGCUACACGAGCUCUGGAGAUCAACAAAAUGGUGUCAUUCUGGAGGAAUGCCCAUAAACGCAUAAGCUCUCAGAUGGUGCUGUGGCUGAGAAAGGAAGAGCUUCCUUGUAUUGUCAGCAGACACAAAGAGUUUGAUGAAGAGGGCCAGUAUGGUGCCAUAUUACCUCAAGUCGUCACCGCUGGAACGGUAACACGCAGGGCUGUGGAGCCAACGUGGCUGACUGCCAGUAAUGCGCGGCGGGACCGGGUAGGCAGUGAGCUGAAGGCCAUGGUGCAGGUUCCACCUGGAUAUCACCUGGUGGGAGCAGAUGUUGACUCUCAAGAGUUGUGGAUUGCUGCUGUGCUUGGAGAGGCUCACUUUGCUGGCAUGCAUGGUUGUACGGCGUUUGGCUGGAUGACCCUUCAGGGAAAGAAGAGUCAGGGCACUGACCUGCACAGCCGCACCGCUGACACUGUGGGCAUCAGCCGAGAGCAUGCCAAGGUGUUCAACUAUGGACGCAUUUAUGGUGCGGGACAACCCUUUGCUGAGAGGCUGCUAUUGCAGUUCAACCACCGCCUCGGUCAGGAAGAAGCUGCCAGUAAGGCCAAGCAGAUGUACGCCUUGACUAAGGGCAUACGCAGAUACCAGUUGUCAGAGGAGGGUGAGUGGCUGGUCAAUGAACUGGAUAUAGAGGUGGAGAAGGAAGAAGAUGGAAGUGUCACGCUGCAGGAGUUGCGGAGGAUCACUAGACUGGCCUCACAGAGCUCGCGGCGGAAGAGGUGGAAUAUUGUCGACAAACGUCUGUGGGCUGGAGGUACGGAGUCAGACAUGUUCAACAAGCUGGAGAGCGUUGCUCAUUCGGCCCAGCCGGCCACUCCCGUUCUAGGCUGCAGGAUUAGCAGAGCGCUGGAGCCCAUGGCAGUUAAGAAUGAGUUCAUCACGAGCAGAGUGAACUGGGUGGUCCAGAGCUCUGCAGUGGACUACCUACACCUGAUGCUGGUGGCCAUGAAGUGGCUCUUCGAGGAGCACGACAUCGACGGCCGUUUCUGCAUCAGCAUCCACGAUGAGGUGCGGUACCUCGUCGGCAGCGAAGACCGUUACCGAGCAGCGCUGGCACUUCAGAUCACGAACCUGCUUACGAGGAGUGUGUUCGCCCAUGCGUUAGGCUUGCAGGACCUUCCCCAGUCAGUAGCUUUCUUCAGUGCCGUUGACAUUGACCAGUGUCUGAGGAAGGAGGUCACCAUGGACUGUGUGACGCCCUCCAACCCCACAGGUCUGGAAAGACGAUACAACCUACCACCCGGUGAGGCAUUGGACAUGUACCAACUCCUCGACAUCACGAAAGGCUCUCUGAACAAAGGAAGAUAGUUCAAUUCAGAGCAGCAGUUCAAACACACACACACAACUGCCAGGAGGCUGUUUAACAGCAGGUCAAGUUCAAGAUCCGUGGAGAAUCUGGAGACGCGUGAUUCACACGAAGUGAGUCUUGGCUCACUGUUUUCUCUUCUUCUGAUGGGGUUCAUGGGUCUCCGCUGCCUCCUGUGACUCGUUGGUCUGAAAGGAUCGAAAGAAGAAACGGACUAUAAGAUCUCAGCAAGCAGAGUGUGUUCAACACAUCACACGUGGGGAAACGGGAACAUUCUGCUUUACUGACUGUGAUCGGGUAAAGGAAUGUGUGAGGAAAGACAGAGAGCUGCUCGUUACAGUAUGAGAUUGCAUUCACCUCCUGACUGUCAUCCUGCUCUUGCAGGGCUGCGUCCAGAGUAGCACGGUUGAUGCGGAAAUCUCUCGAGGUGCUCAGCUUCAUGUACUGCAUCAGGUUAACCUGGACAGACACACAGGUGUUGGUGAAACACUGUUGUACGAGUGGCCUAACCGUUAACGCAGCACUACAGGUGUUUAGCGAGCUUUGUGCAAUGGCUCUCUUUAUUGUAUUUUGUCAACUACCUCAAGCAAUCUAGUUCACACAUACCUUUGAUUUCUUUGAGAGUGUGAUGAGGUAUUUUUCAUACUGCUCAAUACUGAAGAUCACGUUAGGGACGGCUUUCGUCUCACGCAGAAGCUUUGCCUUCAAAGACAAUAAAAACGGAUUUAAAUUCUGACUGGAUUCAUUCAGAAUCGGAUUUGUUUGAGGCGCAAUAGUUUAUAUUUGUACGAUGUAUCUAUACAUGGUUAUUGGUAUAUUAUAGAAUGUGUAAAUGAUUAACAGUAAUAGAAUGAAAAACCUUACAGAGCCAGCAGUGUUCCCGUCAUUUCUUUUCUUUUUCUUCUUGUCAUCUCCACCACUGAAUUCUCCACUCUAAUAAAGAAAACAAUGUUUUCAAAGUCCUUCGUGAAGCUGACGUUGCCGUAAACCAUAACUGAAGAACUCCAGCGCGAUCAUAACGACAGAUUAUCGUUUGUCUGAAAACCUGAAGCUUUGCCGGGGGGAGGGCUAAUAUACAAUAGUGCUUUACCUGUGCGUGUGUGAUGAAGGAGUAGCACUGCGGCGUUAGGUGGGAGCCCGACAGCUUGACCUGCACAGGAAAAAAAACACCUUGAUUAGCAUGACAUCGGAAGAUUCAAACAAGAGAAACAACACAGACUCACCAGCUUCUCAAAGCGGGCCGGCAGUGCACCGUGCUGGCUGGUGCACACCUGGAUGUACUAAAACGACACAUGGAGGAAAGAAAUGAAUGUUGCACUGGAAAAAAAAACAACAACUUUCCAUUCAGUCAAGAGAUCAUAGAGGGGACACAAUGCGUACAUAUUUGACCAGCGUGGUGAGGGUGGUGUACGUGCGACUCAGUUCUCUCAGCAGUGUGAUGGUGCAGGUGCCCGGCAGCAGCGCCGUCUGGACCAGCUCAUUCAAAGCCGUCAAAAGAGUCCCGAGCUGCAGCGUCAGUGCCUUCUCUAUUGGAUCCUGCUGGCCUGCAGUCUGGGUGGCCUCGCCUACGCGCCAAGAAUACACCGUCACAGAAGUUUUAUUACACAUUCCCUCGCCCAGGUGCAUCCCUUUCCCUUGUCUCUCCCCUCCCCCCCCAAACUCUCACCUUUAAUCCAACUGAGCAUCAGUGUGAAAAGGCUUCUUACCAGAACCCGAUCUGUCAGAGGAUGUCUGGCUUUUCUUCCUGGCGAUCAGCCAGUCCACUUCAUCAAGCACUCUGUCAACCAGAGACAGGACCAGCAGCUGGGGGCAAGAGAUUCAAAAUGAUGAAGAUGGGGGGGGGGGGCCACACUGCGCAAAACAGAUUCUGAGAUAUUGAUGACAGGCCGACACUCACCGCUCCUGUGGUCGCAGUCUUGAUGUUGACGAUGGCAAAGUGAGACUGUUUUUCCACCUCCACAUUCUGACCAUACAGAAAGAAUACAAAGUGACAUGUUCAUUUUUGACCCAGGUACCAGGAGGCCCCUGCAACAUAGUGUAGAAUGUAAAAAAGGUACAAUAGCAAAACAGUGAUUUAGAUAUGUUGCCCAAUUUGCCAAAAUGUAAUGGCUAUAAAGUUAUAAAUGAUAGUGCUCUGUCAUUGUACCGGAUCGAUAUCUCCCAGUUGGCUGUGGAUGUCUUGGCACAGUUCCAGCAACAGGCUGACAGGACUCUUAUAGAGAACAUGCAGGUUGAAGAGAAGCGAGAGCAGGCUCUUGGAGAAAGCAGAGUCCUCUAAAUGAGAGAAACAAACAGAUCUCAGAACACACCGUACUGUGCGUAGACACAAAGAUUAAGUAAACGGUCGCUCACCGAAACUGGUCUCCUUGCAGAUUUUCACAGUCCACCUGAUCAUCUGCACAAACUGUAGAUGAAGACGCGCGUUAGUGGAACAGGUGCUAACUUGUGCUGUUGUGUGAGGUGCAUUUAAGAGUACAGCUACCUGCUGGGAGGAGGGCUUUAGCUGGCGUGAAAGCACACUCAAGAUGCUGACCAGCAGCUGAGCCUCUUUGCUGUUAAACUCUUCCUCGCCUCCACUUAGCUGUGUGAACAGUGCCCUCUGUUGACGGGCAAAGAAAAUGAACAGUGCUCAGUACAUUUGUCUGGAAAACAAACCAAGUUGGUUAGUUUCUGACAUAUUAAAUGGCUCCUGGUACACCAUUCUGUGAAGUGUUUAAAGCCAGGCUUCUCAAACGGAUAGUAGUGACUUACAGUUUCACACCAGAAAAUAAAUGUUUGGAAGUAACAUUUGAAAAUACGCAGAGAAUAACCAAAUUAAUUCUGUAUCGGUGCACCUGAAACUGUCUGAUGUAAAAGAAGUUCAUCUCUGUAACGUUGCCAUCGUCUGGCUCCGCAUCGUCCUCCGAGAUGUCUGCGAGAAACACAAAAUGUGAGGGCGUACUGUUCAGACUCGCUGCUUCUACUGUUUGUUUUUUACUGUGCGUGUCUAACCCAUGGUGGAGAGGAGCUGGGCCAUCCUGUCUGGAUAGCGCUGCUGACAAGUGGUGAAGAUCCUGAGCAGACCUUCCAGGCACAGCAGGGACAAGCUGGAGCGCUUCUCCUUCUUCCCCGCGUCCUCCACCACACUGGGGAUGUUGGUGUAACGCCACAUCAGCACACUGGAUUACGCAAGGACAGAUCUCUCCGUCAGUCAAACAAUGUCAUAGACAACAAAACCAUACACACGGUUCUACCUAGACGCCGUUAUUUAGGCUAAGGGGUUUCGACCUUGUCAUGUCACAGAGGAAGCGGAAAGUUCUGUCUGCGUUCUGUCCGUCUGGUCCGUCUGUGUGUCCGGUUUCCUCCAGCUGCUGGAUCUUCUGCACAGCCACAGUUACUGCGUAGCGCACAAAUUCUCCACUUGAGCGAAGCACUGAGAGCGCCUCCUCUCUGCUCUGAGUACUGUCCCUGAAACAAAAGAAAUGCAUUCUUUGUUAUUUUCUGCAAGCAAUCCAGUCAUGUUUCAUUCUAGAAAUUAUUUUUAAUGUUUUAGUGUUGCCAAUACUACCCAUGAUUCAGUGCACAUUCAAUAACAUGGUAUUUCUAACUUUUGACUUUUCAAGUUUAUUUGUAAUUGUUUUUGAUAAACGCUAUACAAGGUGUUAAAUCCAUGUAAUAAAACGAGUGUUUUCCCUGAUUAAUACAAUAUUUAUAAAAGCUGUUUUCCAGAUGUACUGUAUAUAUUGUGAUCUGUAUACUCAGACAGAGCCAGUAGGUGUAACAGUAAUCCAUAUAAACAUUUACCUGAAGAGCACAGUGAGGAGAGUCGAAAUGAAGCCCGAAGACAGUAAACUGCGAGGACUCUUGUUUGAAGGCACUCGACCCUUUCCAGAUUUCUCCUUCAGGAUCUCGGACAGUUUGUGGUAGCGGUUAAACAGCUCCACGAGCUCCUGAAAGCAGCUUUUACUGCGACACACAAAUCGUCACUUUAACCACAAAUAAAGCUACACGAGGUCUUGACCA